UAACAUUUCUUUAUAGCCUCAAGGGCAAAGAUGACAGUUAGCUCCAAAUUUCGAGGGACAACUAAGAAUCAUACUUAUCCACAGCCUGAAGGAAUUCUAGGUGAUGAGAUGGUGAAAUAUGGCAUGAAUUAUGGAGAAGAAAACCCAUUUGGCCAGAGCCUGAUAGAAACAGGAGAGGCAUUACAACAGAUGGCAGAAGUGCGCUAUGCUCUUGAAGACAAUGUCAAGCAAAACUUUCUGGAACCUCUUCAUCAGUUGCAGACCAAGGAUUUGAAGGAUGUUUUGCAUCACAGAAAGAAGCUUCAAGGAAGAAGGUUAGAUUAUGACUGCAAAAAAAGAAAACAGGCCAAAGGGACUCAUGUCACAGAAGAUGAAAUUAAACUUGCAGAAGAUAAGUUUGAAGAAUCCUUUAACCUAGCCUCUAUGGGAAUGCAUAAUAUGUUGGAAAAUGACGCUUUACUGAGGUUAUAUCAGAUUGUUCAUUUGUGGGACACUUGGCUUUGA